UCAAUGUCAUUCAGUUUAAUGUCAAAUCUGGUACCCACAGGAGAUUUUGGUUGAUGUAUUGUGUAUUACAAAAAUCAAUGGUUUUAUGCUUAAAUUUGUUGUGUACAGUGUAUUUCAGUUGUGGUUAGUGACGAGGGGCGAUUCAGCCAUGGCUCAAUCAUCCCAAGUGACGUUAGACAUAGAUAGUGAUGGCGCAGAAGAGUCUGCAUCAAACACCAGAACCAAUCUGCUUCGAGUGGAGCCAGGCGCCCGGCCCGCGCCGCCCGCCCGCGGCCACCUCGGCCUUGGCGACCGACUGAACAGCGUCUUUCGGGAAAUAAGGCCGCUCGUCGAACAUGCGCGCAUGGGAAACAAUUCUCGACUAUCACUUCCAACAUGGCUUCCUCGCAAUGUGCCAGCUCCUCUUGCAAAUACAGAAGCCGGAGUACAGAGGCCACAGAGCUCCAUAGCCCACGUGAACCUUGGGCCAGGAGCCACCACCUUCAUUGUCACAGACCGGGGCGGAGGAGCCUCACCGGUCAGGCCGCCGGCCCCCCAGGGCCUCACUACCAGCGCCUCCAAUGACUCCAACCUGUCAGAUAUGGCAGCUGAACACCCGGAGAUCAAUAUUUCAGUCAAUCCGGCCAACAACAACAACAUACAUGAUAAUGCUGACAAUGAGAGCCAGAGCGAUGAUGGCAAUCAGCAGGUUGUGGACUUAAGAUCAACAUUGAAUCUUUUAAUAAAGUAUGCCCCAUUUUACUUCAUACUGUUCAUAAAAUUCAUGUAUGACAUGCGGGAGGGCCUGUUCACGUUUCUAGUACUCUUCUGCACAUUCUCUCACAGCAACAGUCUAGUCAGGAGGGAGAAUGGAAAGCAAAUGAGUAGGAGUCUCAAAGCGCUGAUCUUUGAGCUGUUCUUCACGGUGGGUUGUAUCGGCUCGGUGCACUACCUGUUUGGGCACGGCAAGCUGCUGCCGAACCUCGUCAUGUUCCCAUACUACAAGGAGAGCAUCGACAUCUGGGAGCUUCUGUGGCUGGUCGUGCUCACUGAUCUGAUAGUGAAGAUCAUCACAGUGGACAUUAAGAUCCUGGUGACGGUGUUGCCAACAGUGGUGUUGCCGUUCCAAAAGAGGGGCAAAGUCUACCUAUUCGUCGAGGCCGUAUCCCAACUGUACCGCUCCCUGCUCACGAUCCAGCCGUGGGUGUUCUACCUGAUGAACUCGUACGACGGCUCGGAGCGGAUGGUGGGCAUGUUCCUGACCAGUGUCUACGUCAUCGCCAAGGUCAUUGAACUGCUCGUGCGCCUGCGUCUGUUCAAGAACGCUACUUGGACAUUGCUGCAGAGUGUGAACCUUGGCACCAAACCGACCGGCGAGCAGCUUCUAUCAGCGGGCGAUUCCUGCCCGAUCUGCCACGACGACUACGCCACGCCAGUGCGGCUCGGCUGCGGACACAUCUUCUGUGAGCUCUGCAUCGCCGCCUGGCUCGACAGGGAACAUACCUGCCCACUGUGCCGGGCUAAGGUGGCCGAUGAACCAACCUGGCGCGAUGGAUCGACCACCUAUGACUUUCAAUUGUAUUGAAGCGGAUGGUAAGUGGUUUAGGAGGAUUUUUGAAUGAGGAGUGAUGA